GCGGCCUCGAGCCGCAGGAACAUCAUCCUCAUCCUCACCGACGACCAGGACAUCGAGCUCGGCGGCAUGACGCCCAUGCAAAAGACGCAAAAGGAGUUCGCGGGCGGCGUCAAGUUCGACCACUUCUACGUGAACACGCCCAUCUGCUGCCCGUCGCGCAUGCAGCUGCUCUCCGGGCGCUACGGCCACAACAUCCGCGACGCGCGGCUCGACCCCUGCGGCUGCAUGCGCAUGGACUGCUCGCGGGCCUUCGAAGAGGCGACGUACGCCACCGCGCUCCGGCGCUCGGGCUACGCGACGGCCUACGUCGGCAAGUACCUGAACCCGCCGGCGAUGGUGCGCUACUGCCGCAACGAGACGCUCGGCCCCCUCGAGCACGGCUGGCCGCCGGGCUGGGACGCGUUCUUCGGCAUGUGCGACCAGGCGAGCACGCCCCAGGGCGCCUACUACUCCGUCAACUGGGUCGACUCCGCGGCCGGGGCCGUCGUCUUCACGGGCUCCGAGCCGGCCGACUACACGACGUCGAUCGUCGGCAACCGCUCCGUCGCCUACCUCAAGUUGGCGCCGAAGGACCGGCCCUUCUUCCUCGCGGCCGCCGUCCGCGCGCCGCACGCGCCGCAGCUGCCGCCGCCCUGGCACGCGUCGGCGUUCCCGGACGCGCGCGUGCCCCGCGACGGCGCCUACAACGCGACCCCGACCGGCAAGCCCUACUGGAUGUCCCGGAACCCGCCGCUGAGCGACGAGGACGCCGCGGAGUUCGACGCGGUCUACGCGGACCGCUGGCGGGCGCUCCUCGCGGUCGACGACCUCGUCGCGGGCGUCUUCGACGAGCUCCGCGCGUCGUCCUUGAUCGACGACACCUACGUCUUCUACACGAGCGACCACGGAUAUCACAUGGGCCACUUCCGUCUCCCCCCCUUGAAGAUGCACAAGUACGAGUUCGACAUCCGCGUGCCGCUGCUCGCGACGGGCCCGGGCCUC